AGUGAUACAUGUAUAUACAUUCUUCUUUAUAUUCUUUUCAAUUAGGUUUAUUACAGGAUAUUGACUGCAGUUUCCUGUAUACAGGAGGACCUUGCUGUUGAUCCAUCCUCUGUAUAUAAUACUUUGCAUCGGCUAAUGCAUCCCUCAGUCCAUCUCUCCCGCACCCCUUGCCCUUGCACACAGCCUGCUUUCUGGCUCCAGGGUUCAAAUGCUGCUUAUCACCAUCAUUCCUUGGAGAAGGAAAUGGCAACCCACUCCUGUACUCUUGCCAGGAAAACUCCAUGGACAGAAGAGCCUUGUAGGCUACAGUCCAUGGGGUCACAAAGAGUCGGACACGACUGAGCGACUUUGCUUCAUCACCAGCACCAGUGGUUUGGACCUGGACAUGCCCAUGUGUCCCCAGCUGAUGUGAGGCUUCUGAACCCAUGGGCUGCAUGUGACCACGCAGCUCAGUUACUGACGGAAUAACCCAACAUUUCCCUUUGGGGAACUGGUCAUUGUUGCUGCUAGGCAGGAAGGCGGUGAUCCGUGUCACGAUACAUUUGAAAAGUGACCCAGUUUCGGAGAGGGCAAGUGAUAUUUGGAGUCAGAUUAUGGGAAAGUACUGGAUUCUUCGAGGGUGGGAAAAAUGUUGGUGUGAUGAGGACUGUUUUGAGUCUUCUAGGCGAGUGAUGCUUUCUCUGAGCUGUGCCCUGGUGGAGUUUGGGUUGAAACGCACAGGGAACAUGUGGGGCCUGGAAACCACAGAGCACGUUUGGCCACUGUCCUUGGGGCCCUGGUCUGAGCGGGCUUCUGGGUUCUUUCCUAGGCACCCGGUGGCCACGUUUUUCCACCUGUUUUUCCGUGUGAGUGCCAUCGUCACCUACGUGGGCUGCGACUGGUUCAGCAAGAGCUUCGUGGGCUGCUUCGUCACUGUGCUGCUCCUCCUGUCCUUUGACUUCUGGUCUGUGAAGAAUGUAACCGGACGACUCAUGGUAGGCCUUCGCUGGUGGAACCAGAUUGAUGAAGAUGGGAAAAGCCACUGGAUUUUUGAAGCCAGAAAGGUCUCUCCAGACAUGGUGGCUGCCACGGAGGCGGAAGCGCGGGUCUUCUGGCUCGGCCUCAUCGUCUGUCCCAUGAUUUGGAUCGUGUUCUUUUUUAGCUCCUUAUUUUCCUUGAAGCUCAAGUGGCUGGCCCUCGUGAUAGCUGGGAUCUCUCUCCAAGCCGCCAACCUGUAUGGCUACGUCCUGUGUAAGAUGGGAGGCGAGAGCGAUGUCAGCAAAAUCACAGCCAGUUUUCUGUCCCAGACGGUGUUCCAGACGGUGAGUUACUCAAGUCUGACUCCUGGACCUCUGAUCUCCAGACACUUGCAAGUCCCAGAGGCCUGCUGGUAGUGGCAGUUUAUGAUGUUUUUCUGUAUCAGCCAGGCUGCCAGUGUUAGCUGGGUUUUUGUGUUCGUGGUUAAAAUGUACACAACAAAAGUUACCCUUUUCGUCAUUUUUAAGUGUACAGUUCAGUAUACCCACAUCAUCAUGCUGCCACAACUCUUUCAUCCAAGCGAACUCUGUACCCACUAAAACAUUUGACUCAUUCUCCACCCUCCCCAACCCCAAUAAACUCCAGGCAACCACCUACUUUCUACCCGCAUGAAUCUGACUAAUCUAGGGACCUCACGUAAGUGGAAUCACACAGCGCUUGUCCUUUUGUGAUUGCCAUUGUUGGUUUAGAGUGAUUUCUUUAAACUAUAGAGGGCUUCCUUGGUGACUCAGAUGGUGAAGAGUUUGCCUGCAAUGGAGGAGA